AUGGAUGAAUCAGAGUUUAGUGAUGACUCAAAUGAGAGUUAUUACCUUGAAACAUCCAUUGAUGACUCAGCAAAUGAAGAAGAGCAGCACGAGGAAUUCGAUCCAUCGGCAUCUCUUGAACAAAAGCUGGAAUUCAUCCACACGAACAAUUCCUACAGAUUUCCAACCAUUGUGUACGCGGCAGAAUUCGGGGAUUUGGAGGUAUGCCAGAAACUCUUGGAGCAAGGCGAAGACGUCAACGCUACAGACGAACAUGGCUACGACGUCUAUCAUUGCGCAUCUCUGAACAAAACCUGCGGUUUGGAAAUGAUCGAUUUUUUUGCGGCCCGCGGAGCCAAAAUGAAAAGAUUAAGUAGCACUGGCGUUGAUGCAGUCGAGCUCGCUUUGAACUAUAAAAACGUAGAGUUUGCGACCAAGCUUUUCAAUUUAUACGAAUCGCCGGACAGCUUGCUUUCGUGUUACCUGCGUCCAAGUAACGACUUGGAAUUGAUGAAAUUUGCUUUUGAGAAGGACCCAUCUGUGGCCAAAGUAAAGGGAGAAGACGGAUUCGACAAGACUAUUUCGUAUAUUUUGGCGGGCUGGUCCAACCUGGAAGAGUUCAAGUGGAUUAUCAACGUAGCUAUCAGCAUCGAAGAAGAUGUAGUGAAACAGAAAGAGUGGCAACUUGAAAUUCUCAAGUACUCUGCCUUGAACAUUCGUCACGGCGAGGAUAUCGUCAACUUCAUGUUUUCUUCGCUCUUCAGGAAUUUGAAGAGAGAAGAUUUGACCCCUCUCCUCGUUACUGUCGUGUCAUCUUGGAUGCCUGAAACUGUGAACGUGAAAGUUGUUGGUCUAUUAAUCAAACAUGGUGCCGACGUGAAUGCAAGCAUUAGUGGAAAAUCUCUCCUUGAUCACUACGUGGCGUUGAAUUUAUUUUCGGCAGCCAAGUAUGUGCACGAAUUGAACCCAAAGGAGAUUUGCGCGAGCACCUUGAAUUACGCCGCAGCGAGAGCGGAUGUCGGAAUGUGCCAUUGGCUCGUUGGACGUCGCAUGGCCCCCAAGAUGAAAGACUUAAUUCCAGAUUUCCUCAACAGCAUUACACGGAACCACCAACACGGAGCAAAUCUCAUUUGUCACUUUGCUCCAAUUCUGCGUAAUUUUGUAAAUAUUGCCUCCGGAAUGAAGCCAUAUGAUCUAAAGAGUCCACUCCAAUCAGCUAUGGAUAACAAAAACCUCGGAGUUGCAGAGGCUUUGCUCGAAAUCGGCGCCGAUUUGAACGUGAGAUAUAGGACCCUUAAUUUGCUCAUCUACUGCUUGGGGAUUAAUUUUCUGGAAGGCGCCAUGUUUGUGUACUCCAAGGACAAGAGCCAGCUGCAGGCGGGAAUAAGGGAAACCGCUAUGCACAUCGCCAAAAUGUAUAAAAACCGGGAUAUGGAGCUAUGGCUUCGUAUAAUAAUGGAAGUGCACCCUUUUGGGCACUGA